CUCUUUGACUUUUUGAUCCUUCUUUCUGACUAUUUCGAUUGCAAUUCUUCGGGAAAGUUAGAGCAAAGAAACAGAGAUGGCUGAAUUCCUAUGGACUUUUGCAGUGCAGGAAGUGUUGAGGAAGAUUGUGAAAGUUGCAGCUCAGCAAAUUGGUCUUGCAUGGGGCUUGGAGAAGGAGCUUUCCAAGUUGACCAAGUGGCUACUCAAGGCCGAAACCAUUUUAGGGGAUAUUAAUAGGAGAAAACUACACCAUGAUUCCGUGAGGCUGUGGAUGGAAGAUCUCCAAGAUGUUGUUCAUGAAGCUCACGAUCUAUUGGAUGAGCUUGUUUAUGAAGAUCUUCGACGAAAGGUGGAAAUCGGAAAAAUGAACAAGGUACGCGGUUCUAUUUCAAGAUCCUAUAAUCUCUUUUCGUUUCGUCGCAAGAUGGCCAAGAAAAUGAAAGACGUUACUGAAACUUUGUAUAAACAUUACUGUGAGGCAAGUCCUUUAGGACUAGUUGGUGAUGAAUCGAUAGAAACAAAUCAGAUUGUCCUAAAGCAAAUUCGAGAGACAACCUCAAAUCUUAAUUUUGAAGUUGUGGGGAGGGAAAUUGAAGUUUCAAACAUAGUGAAACUUGUUAUUGACUCUAGCAAUGAACAUCAUACGUCGAUCAUACCUAUUGUGGGUAUGGGUGGGCUCGGAAAAACAACUUUGGCACAAAUGAUCUUCAAUCACGAGGUGAUCAAAGGACAUUUUGAUAAAACUAUAUGGAUAUGUGUGUCUGAACCAUUUAUUAUCAUAAAUAUUUUAGAAGGGAUCUUUCAAGGUCUCACUAAGACUUCCAGUGGCCUGAACUCUAAAGAGACUUUAGUUCAAAAGCUCCAAGAAGAGAUGCAUGGCAAAAAGUAUUUUCUCGUGCUUGAUGAUGUUUGGAAUGAAGAAAGUGGUUUGUGGGAUGACUUAGGUGAUUGUUUAAAACAGAUUACUGAAAAAUCUGGAAAUUGUAUUAUUGUGACCACACGAAGUUUAGAAGUUGCAACCACCAUAGAGACUGUUUCGAGUCAUCAUUUGAAAAAAUUAUCAGAUGAUCAAAGUUGGUUCUUGUUUAAGGGAAGUGCAAAUGCGAAUGGACUAUCAAUGAAUCCAAAGUUAGAUAUUAUUCGAGAAAUUUUGGUUAAAAAAAUUGGUGGCGUACCACUAGUUGCAAAAGUUUUAGGAGGGGCAAUAAAGUUUGAAGGAGACUACGAGACAUGGGUGAAAAAAGUCAAAAGUGUAGUAAGAAAUAUUUCAAAGGAUGACAAAGAUUUUGUUUUAUCUAUUUUAAAAUUAAGUGUGGAUUGUCUCCCACUACUCUCAUUAAAGCAAUGUUUUGCUUACUGCUCAAAUUUUUCCAAAGAUUGUGUAUUCGACAAAGAAAACUUAAUUCAAAUGUGGAUAGCACAAGGGUUCAUUCAGCUACACGAAGGACAUAAUGAAACGACGGAGGAGGAUAUAGGAGAGUGGCACCUCAACUUCUUGUUGUCUCGCUCCUUAUUUCAAGAUGUUGUUAAGGAUAUGAAUGAGAGAGUUACUCACUUUAAAAUGCACGAUCUAAUACAUGAUAUAGCUUGUGCUAUUUCAAAUCAUCCCAAGUUAUUGGAAUUAGGUUCCAGUAAUUGGAGUAGAAAAAGUGCAAGAAAGUUGCGCACGCUGAUUUGCAAUAAUCAAGUCAUUUAUAAUGAGCUGAUGGAUUGUGUUUCCUUACGUGUUUUAGUCCUGAACUCUGCGAAGACCGAUAACUUACUAGAUUCAAUUGGUAAGUUGAAACAUUUGAGAUACCUCGAUAUUUCACACUAUUCAAUAAGAGUACUUCCAGAAUCUAUUGCAAAGCUUUACAACCUGCAAACACUAAAGAUUGGACGUAUGGAAAGCCUUCCAAAGAACUUGAGAAAAAUGGUAAGUCUAAGACACUUAAAAUUUUACCACGGUUACCAUACCAUGCAAAUGCCUUCACACAUGAGCCACUUGAUUCAUCUCCAAACACUAUACGAGUUUGCAGCAGGGUUUGAGAAUGGUUGUAAAAUCGAAGAACUUGGGCCAUUGAAAAAUCUCAAAGGUAGAUUGCGACUUUCAAAUCUCGAGCGAGUGAAAAGUAAAGAGGAAGCCAUAGCUGCAAAAUUGGUCGAAAAGAAGAAUUUACACGAGCUAACCUUCGACUGGAGUUUAGAUUUCGAAAGAAACGACGACGACUCUGAAGUAUUGGAAGGACUUCAACCACACAAAAAUCUUCAAUCAUUGAAUAUUAUGAACUUUGGAGGCCAAGUUCUGCCUGAAGCUAUCUUUGUUGAAAAUUUAGCUGUGAUACGUUUGUGUGGUGGUAAAAAAUGUGAGAUGCUCCCAAUGCUUGGACAAUUACCCAACUUGGUGGAACUUGAAAUUUCUUUUAUGGACAGUGUGAGAUGCAUAGGAAGUGAGUUCUAUGGAAAUGGUUCAUUUUCCAAGCUGCGGAAGUUUGAUUUCAUUGGGCUGCACAAUUUAGAGCAAUGGACAGAAGCAGCAUCCAUAUCAAACAGCUUUGGAUCUCUUCAAACUCUAAAUGUUAUUGGAUGUGGAAAUUUGAAAAAACUGCCAAAUGGGUUAGAAUUUUGCAGUUCCCUUCAUGAUUUGACAGUACGAGACUGCCCCAAAUUGGCCUUAAAUGUACAGAAUAUGCAUAACCUGUCCAAUUUGUUCAUUCAUGGAUUCAAAGAGUUGCCUUUGGGGUUAUCCCAUCUCACAAACUUGAAAGAAAUGGAAGUUGUUGGAUGCAUGCAAGAUUACGACUUUAGUCCUUUUUUAAGCCUACAGUCUCUCAUAAAGCUUCACUUGAAUGAUGUCUCAAGAAUCUGCACAGAACUUCCUCAGCAUUUUGAGAACCUCACUGCAUUGGAAACUUUAACGAUUGUGAAUUUUGACGCCAUUGAAGCUCUACCAGAAUGGUUGGAGAACCUUGCAUCUUUGGAAACGUUGAAUCUUGAAGAUUGCAAAAAUUUGAAACGUUUGCCUUCGAGAGAAGCCAUGCUACGCCUCACCAAAUUAGAGCAUCUGAAAGUUUUUAGAUGUCCACAGCUACCGGGAAGAGGCGACCUGCUGCAGAGAGCUAAACUUUCUCGGUAGACCUUCUUUCGUCUUAGCCAUGGAAUCAAAGAGCUUGUGAUUGUGAGUUACCUUCGUUGGGUUCUUUUACUUCUUCAACGAAGUUAGUUCAAGAUUCUCGGCAAAUCGAUUAAAGACAGACUGACUGAUCAAAGGGAAGCAAAGGAUGAAUCACCGGUUGAUCUAUGAUCAAACAAAACUAUACGUGAAGAAUGUGAUGUUGAUUGACCGACCGAAGAGUUGAUUUGAAGACGAAAAUAAAACGAGGCGAAAAAAUGGGAGUUUUUCGUCUUCCCGCCCGUCGGUCAC